UAUGUGUGUCCGCUCUGUCCCUCCCCGGCCGCCGUAGCGGAAGGCGGAAGUGUCCGGUGUCCGGGAGAUGGGGGCGGCCGUGUUCUUCGGCUGCACCUUUGUGGCCUUCGGACCGGCGUUGUCCCUCUUUGUCGUCACUAUCGCCCGGGACCCCCUCCGGGUCAUCAUCCUGGUGGCCGGAUCUUUCUUCUGGUUGGUGUCGGUCCUCCUGUCCUCUCUGAUCUGGUUCAUAUCGGUCCAGGUCAGCAAUAAGAAUGACUCCAGCCUGCAGUACGGAUUGCUUAUAUUUGGAGCCGCCAUCUCUGUUCUGCUUCAGGAGGCCUUCCGAUACGCCUACUACAGACUGCUCAAGAAAGCCAUUGAGGGUCUGGCUCAGAUCAGUGAAGAUGGAAGAUCUCCGAUCUCUAUUCAGCAGAUGGCCUUCGUGUCCGGCUUCUCUUUCGGGAUCAUCAGCGGAGUUUUUUCCGUAAUCAACAUCUUGGCGGAUGCGGUGGGCCCCGGAAUUGUGGGGGUUCAUGGCGAUUCCCAGUAUUACUUCUUAACUUCAGCAUUCCUGACCAUGGCGAUUGUUUUCCUGCACACCUUCUGGGGGAUCAUAUUCUUUGCCGCCUGCGAAAAGCGGAAACCAUGGCACAUCGCGGGCGUGGUCCUCUGUCACCUGAUCACCUCCGGAGUGACCUUCCUGAACCCGAGGUACGAGGCCAGCUUGAUCCCCAUAUACAUCCUCACCCUCGGCAUGGGAGUGUGGUCUUUCAUAGCAGCGGGCGGCAACCACCACAACAUACGCAAAU